CUGCUGGCUUCUUUCCGUGUGUGCGUGAGGAACCCAUGUGCGUGUGAAAUCGCGCGCGCCAGUAUGCGUAGGUAAUACUAGCAGCAAGGCAAAGCAGAAACGCUGAAAAUUAAGGUUAGAGAGCAGCACAGCCACCAACAACCAACGGAAAAGUAAGAAAAAUUCGCAUAAAAGGAAUAGCAUUAGCAGCCGCAGCCGCAGCAAGCAAAGCACCACCUCACACCAACCAAAUCAUGGACAGCGCCGGGAAAAAUCGUUAUGAACUCUUGUUCAUGGACGACGAUGUCAGCGAUCCAUUAGAUAAUCUGGUGGCGCCGACGGCCGCUGCCUCCGCCGCCGCAACAGCAGCAGCUGGUAAGAAGAAGCAGCCGUCAGCUGCAGGUGGCGCUACCGCGGCCACCAAAACGGCCGCCAAGGUGACAAAGUCGAACAACAAUGCCGCCGGAGGACCCCCCAAUGCCAAGAAACCAAACCAGGCCGAGAAGGAGAACAAGCCCAACAACGCUCUCAGCAAGACCGAUGGCAAGAAGCUUGCCCCGUCCGCUGACAAACAGUUUAACAGCAACAACAAACAGGGAGCUCCGCGGCCAGGAGGUGGCUCCAACCGUACACGUGAAUUUGGUAGCGGUCAAGGACAAGGACAAGGACAGGGACAAAGAGAACAGCGCAGUAGCAACUUCCGUCAACAGAAUGGCAACGGCAAUGUGGAAUCACGAGAGCAGCGCAACAAUCGCCGUAAUGUCCGCGAUAAUGCCGGAGGAGCAACCGAUGGCCAGCAGUCGCGUCCUUACCGCGGACCUGGUGGAGGUGGCCAGGGAGGAGCCGGCGGUGCUGGCGGCGAUCGGCCGCAGCGCCAAAAUCGCAACAAUGAUGGCCAGAACAGGAAGCGUGAAUUUGAUCGCCAAUCAGGAUCAGACAGAACAGGUGUAAAGGCUGUUGAUAAGCGUGAUGGAGCUGGUGCCCACAAUUGGGGCUCGGUCAAGGAGGCCAUUGACGAUGUGAACAAGAACGAAACCGAGACCAGUGUGAACAAUGCAGAGGGUGGUGCCGCCAAGGCCGACGAAUCGGGCAAUGAGCAACAGAACGAGCAGCAGACGGCCGCCGAGGAAGAGACCAAAGAGCUGACCUUGGACGAGUGGAAAGCACAGCAGGGGCAGCGCAUCAAGCCAACCUUCAACAUACGCAAGGCCGGAGAAGGUGAGGACACGUCGCAGUGGAAGAAAAUGGUGGUCUUGACCAGCAACAAAAAGAAAGAGAACGAAAGCGAAGAGGAGCUUGAAUACGAUCCUGCCAUGUAUCCCCAACGCGUGGGCCGCCAGCAACGCGUCCUUGAUAUUCAGUUUAACUUUAACGACGGACGCCGUGGCGGACCCGGUGGUUUUGGAGGACGCGGCGGUGGACGUGGAGGCCCACGUCCCGGCGGCAUUGGUGGCGGCGGGCCACGCACCGAGGGAGGCGGUAACCGCGGCGUUGACCGCCAGCGGGACGGUCCCUCAUCGGGCCAUCAACAGCAGCAGCAUCAUAACAAUAAUGAGGGUGGCGGUAGUGCUCAGUCAGCUCCCAAUAAUCGGCCGCCCACCGAUCGCCGUGGUCCAGGCAACAACAACCAAAAUAGCGGGCCAGGGCCUAACAAACGGUUCGAACGGCAACAGAAUACUGCACCCAAAGUGAACGACGAGCGUCAGUUUCCCACACUGGCUUAAAUCCCUUCCCUCCAAUCACACUGAUGUUGGGAAUCUUGGGAGGAGCUGUUGUGGCUUGGGAGCAGGUUACCAAAAUGAAAUCUUAUAAAUUACAAAUAUAACAAAGAAAACCCUAAAGAAAAGCAAAAAUGAAACAAACCCAAUUGUAGCCGCCAUAUAAGCCAAAAGCAACAAAAACAAGCUAAGCAAACAUGAGAAAUAAAUUAUACAUAUAUUCUUAAAUAUAUGAAGAGAACAUAAAAGCAAUCUUAUAGUUUAUGCGUGGCCAACUAAUCAGAUUUUAUUCAUGAAAUCACGAUCAAACAGAUGACCACCUCGUAUAAACUAGUCAGAGAGUCAGGCAGGCAGACAACUCACAAUAUUCUUCCUUUCUGAUUGUGAGUUUUAAUCACUGUUUGCAUUGGAACCAUAAGCUAAGGAUUUCCACAAAAUUGAAACGAGGCAAAUGGCCACAGACUUUGUUUUAUUACAUCAAAAAAUAAUGUUGAUGUAAUGUCGUUGAUUUUUCCCCCCUCUUUUUUGUUGUUACCCAUUAUUAAUUAAUCAUCAUACCCACUAAACAGUUGCUAUCCAGUGAUUAAGGAGAAUAAAAUAAUCCUAAAGCAAAUAAAUAUUUGAAAGAACAUCACAGCUAGAUUGUUUCUUAAAGAGGAAAAAGCACCACUAAAAAGAAAAUAGUUUUCACCAAGAAAACAGUAAAAGCAUUUGCAUACUCAUACAACCUUCGUUCUGUUAAAAAUUACAUACAUUUUCAUUAAGAAAUAUACGCCUUUUAUUAUUUUAACUUUGUUAAAUAAUAACAUUAAAAAAAAACAAGAAAACAAAAUGGACAAUUAUUUAACUCAGUAGUUGGAAAUCAAAAACAAAAAAAUUACUGAAGAUUAGUAAGUGUUAAAACCUUUGUAAUUGUGUUUCUUGAUGCAAAUUCUAUUAAAAAAGUACAUUUAAUAUUUAUAAAGCAAACUAUGCAUCAAAUAUACUACUUUUUAUUGUACGAAAAAACCUAACUGAACACACUGAAAUAUGGAAUAACAAAACAUAAUUUUAAGAAUUAUUACAAAAAAUAAAUUGACUUACUAUUGGAUCAAAUAUAUAAACCUUCAAUAAGUAGAAUUACAAGGCCUCCACAUAUUUAGGUGGAAGACUGCUUUCAAAGAUUUCAUGUUGGAAGAGAAAUCCAAAUCUUAAUACGGUAAUACGAGAUAUCCCUGUAAAAUUGUUUGCUUCUAUAAUUAGAAACUGUAUAAAUUAUAUGAUAUAUAUAAAUAUAUAUAUUCGUACGUACAUUAAAUCAAUGACUACCACAUGGAAAGGGCAACAAUUUUAUGUCAAACAAAAAAGCAAAAGAAAAAAUAGGGAAACUCACUUAGAAGAACAAAGUAAACGAAAUUUUUGAAAUAUUGUAUUUUGACCCAAAGAAACAAACCAUUCAACUGCAACAAAAUGUUGAGAAGCUCGUUUAAAAAGGAAACAAGAAAAUUUAUUUGAUAACAAUAAAGAGAAAAAAAAUA